AUGCAAAUGAUAGCAUCACAUAACAUCUCAUACGCUCUCAUUCCUCUCGGCUACUCACAUACGCUCUCAAUUCCCUCUCGCCCACUACUCAUACGCUCUCAUUCCCUCUCACCCACUCUCAUACGCUCUCAUUCCCUCUCACCCACACUCAUGCGCUCUCAUUCCCUCUCACCCACUCUCAAACGCUCUCAUUGCCUCUACCCACUCUCAUACACUUUCAUUCCCUCUCACCCCACUCUCAUACGCUCUCAUUCCCUCUCACCCACUCUCAUUACGCUCCUCAUUCCCUCUCACCCACUCUCAUACGCUCUCAUUCCCUCUCACCCACACUCAACGCUCUCAUUCCCUCUCACCCACUCUCAUACGCUCUCAUUCCCUCUCAUCCACUCUCUUACGCUCUCAUUUCCUCUCACCCACACUCAUACGCUCUCAUUCCCUCUCACCCACUAUCAUACGCUCUCAUUCCCUCUCACCCACUCUCAUACGCUAUCAUUCCCUCUCACCCACUCUCUAUACGCUCUCAUUCCCUCUCACCCACUCUCAUACGCGCUCAUUCCCUCUCACCCACUCCCAUACGCUCUCAUUCUCCCUCUCACCCACUCUCUACGCUCUCAUUCCCUCUCACCCACUCUCAUACGCUCUCACUUCCUCUCACCCACUCUCAUGCCCUCUCAUUCCCUCUCACCCACUCUCAUACGCUCUCAUUCCCUCUCACCCACUCUCAUACGCUCUUAUUCCCUCUUGCCCACUCUCAUACGCUCUCAUUUCCUCUCACCCACUCUCAUACGCUCUCAUUCCUUCUCACCCACUCUCAUACGCUCUCAUUCCCUCUCACCCACUCUCAUACGCUCUCAUUCCCUCUCACCCACUCUCAUACGCUCUCAUUCAUCUCACCCACUCUUCUACGCUCUCAUUCCCUCUCACCCACUCUCAUACGCUCUCAUUCCCUCUCACCCACUCUCAUACGCUCUCAAUCCCUCUCACACACUCUCAUACGCUCUCAUUCCCUCUCACCACACUCAUACACACUCAUUCCCUCUCACCCACUCUCAUACCCUCUCAUUCCCUCUCAUCCACUCUCUUACGCUCUCAUCCCUCUCACCCACUCUCAUACGCUCUCAUUCCCUCCCACCCACACUCAUACGCUCUCAUUCCGUCUCACCCACUCUCAUACCCUCUUAUUCCCACUCACCCACUUUCUUAUGCUCUCAUUCCCUCUCACCCACUCUCAUACCCUCUCAUUCCCUCUCACCCACUCUCUUACGCUCUCAUUCCUCUCACCCACUCUCAUACACUCUCAUUCCCUCAAACCCACUCUCAUACGCUCUCAUUCCCUCUCACCCACUCUCAUACGCUCUCAUUCCCUCUCGCCCACUCUUAUACGCUCUCAUUCCCUCUCACCCACUCUCAUACGCUCUCAUUCCCUCUCACCCACUCCUCAUACGCUCUCAUUUCCUCUCACCAACUCUCAUACGCUCUCAUUCCCUCUCACCCACUCUCAUACGCUCUCGAUCCCUCUCACCCACUCUCAUACGCUCUCAUUCCCUCUCACCCACACUCAUACACUCUCAUUCCCUCUCACCCACUCUCAUUACCCUCUCAUUCCCUCUCAUCCACUCUCUUACGCUCUCAUUCCCUCUCACCCACUCUCAUACGCUCUCAUUCCAUCCCACCCACACUCGUACGCUCUCAUUCCCUCUCACCCACUCUCAUACGCUCUCAUUCACUCUCACCCACUCACAUACGCUCUCAUUCCCUCUCAACCACUCUCAUACGCUCUUAUUCCUCUUGCCACUCUCAUACGCUCUCAUUCCCUCUCACCCACUCUCAUACGCUCUCAUUCCCUCUCACCCACUCUCAUACGCUCUCAUUCCCUCUCACCCACUCUCAUACGCUCUCAUUCCCUCUCACCCACUCUCAUACGCUCUCAUUCCAUCUCACCCACUCUUCUACGCUCUCAUUCCCUCUCACCCACUCUCAUACGCUCUCAUUCCCUCUCACCCACUCUCAUACGCUCUCAAUCCCUCUCACACACUCUCAUACGCUCUCAUUCCCUCUCACCCACACUCAUACACACUCAUUCCCUCUCACCAACUCUCAUACCCUCUCAUUCCCUCUCAUCCACUCUCUUACGCACUCAUUCCCUCUCACCCACUCUCAUACGCUCUCAUUACCUCCCACCCACACUCAUACGCUCUCAUUCCCUCUCACCCACUCUCAUACCCUCUCAUUCCCACUCACCCACUUCUUACGCUCUCAUUCCCUCUCACCCACUCUCAUACCCUCUCAUUCCCUCUCACCCACUCUCAUACGCUCUCAUUCCCUCUCACCCACUCUCAUACGCUCUCAUUCCCUCUUGCCCACUCUUAUACGCUCUCAUUCCCUCUCACCCACUCUCAUACGCUCUCAUUCCCUCUCACCCACUCUCAUACGCUCUCAUUCCCUCUCACCCACUCUCAUACGCUCUCAUUCCCUCUCACCCACUCUCAUACGCUCUCGAUCCCUCUCACCCACUCUCAUACGCUCUCAUUCCCUCUCACCCACACUCAAACACUCUCAUUCCCUCUCACCCACUCUCAUACCCUCUCAUUCCCUCGCAUCCACUCUCUUACGCUCUCAUUCCCUCUCACCCACUCUCAUACGCUCUCAUUCCCUCCCACCCACACUCAUACGCUCUCAUUCCCUCUCACCCACUCUCAUACGCUCUCAUUCACUCUCACCCACUCACAUACGCUCUCAUUCCCUCUCACCCACUCUCAUACGCUCUCAUUCCCUCUCACCCACUCUCAUACGCUCUCAUUCCCUCUCACCCACUCUCAUACGCUCUCAUUCCCUCUCACCCACUCCCAUACGCUCUCAUUCCCUCUCACCCACUCUCAUACGCUCUCAUUCCCUCUCACCCACUCUCAUACGCUCUCACUUCCUCUCACCCACUCUCAUGCCCUCUCAUUCCCUCUCACCCACUCUCAUACGCUCUCAUUCCCGCUCACCCACUCUCAUACGCUCUUAUUCCCUCUUGCCCACUCUCAUACGCUCUCAUUCCCUCUCACCCACUCUCAUACGCUCUCAUUCCCUCUCACCCACUCUCAUACGCUCUCAUUCCCUCUCACCCACUCUCAUACGCUCUCAUUCCCUCUCACCCACUCUCAUACGCUCUCAUUCCCUCUCACCCACUCUUCUACGCUCUCAUUCCCUCUCACCCACUCUCAUACGCUCUCAUUCCCUCUCACCCACUCUCAUACGCUCUCAUUCCCUCUCAUCCACUCUUACGCUCUCAUUCCCUCUCACCCACACUCAUACGCUCUCAUUCCCUCUCACCCACUCUCAUACGCUCUCAUUCCCUCUCACCCACUCCCAUACGCUCUCAUUCCCUCUCACCCACUCUCAUACGCUCUCAUUCCCUCUCACCCACUCUCAUACGCUCUCAAUUCCUCUCACCCACUCUCAUGCCCUCUCAUUCCCUCUCACCCACUCUCAUACGCUCUCAUUCCCUCUCACCCACUCUCAUACGCUCUUAUUCCCUCUCACCCACUCUCAUACGCUCUCAUUCCCUCUCACCCACUCUCAUACGCUCUCAUUCCCUCUCACCCACUCUCAUACGCUCUCAUUCCCUCUCACCCACUCUCAUACGCUCUCAUUCCCUCUCACCCACUCUCAUACGCUCUCAUUCCCUCUCACACACUCUCAUACGCUCUCAUUCCCUCUCACCCACCCUCAUACACUCUCAUUCCCUCUCACCCACUCUCAUAUCCUCUCAUUCCCUCUCAUACACUCUCUUACGCUCUCAUUCCCUCUCACCCACUCUCAUACGCUCUCAUUCCCUCCCACCCACUCUCAUACGCUCUCAUUCCCUCUCACCCACUCUCAUACCCUCUCAUUCCCACUCACCCACUCUCUUACGCUCUCAUUCCCUCUCACCCACUCUCAUACCCUCUCAUUCCCUCUCACCCACUCUCAUACGCUCUCAUUCCCUCUCACCCACUCUCAUACACUCUCAUUCCCUCAAACCCACUCUCAUACGCUCUCAUUCCCUCUCACCCACUCUCAUACGCUCUCAUUCCCUCUCUCCCACUCUUAUACGCUCUCAUUCCCUCUCACCCACUCUCAUACGCUCUCAUUCCCUCUCACCCACUCUCAUACGCUCUCAUUCCCUCUCACCCACUCUCAUACGCUCUCAUUCCCUCUCACCCACUCUCAUACACUCACAUUCCUUCUCACCCACUCUCAUACCCUCUCAUUCCCUCUCAUCCACUCUCUUACGCUCUCAUUCACUCUCACUCACUUUCAUACGCUCUCAUUCCCUCUCACCCACACUCAUACGCUCUCAUUCCCUCUCACCCACUCUCAUACGCUCUCAUUCACUCUCACCCUCUUCUCAUACGCUCUCAUUCCCUCUCACCCACUCUCAUACGCUCUCAUUCCCUCUCACCCACUCUCAUACGCUCUCAUUCCUCUCACCCACUCUCAUACGCUCUCAUUCCCUCUCAUCCACUCUCAUACGCUCUCAUUCCCUCCCACCCACACUCAUACGCUCUCAUUCCCUCUCACCCACUCUCAUACGCUGUCAUUCCCUCUCACCCACUCUCUUACGCUCUCAUUCCCUCUAACCCACUCUCAUACACUCUCAUUCCCUCUCACCCACUCUCAUACGCUCUCAUUCCCUCUCACCCACUCUCAUACGCUCUCAUUCCCUCUCACCCACUCUCAUACGCUCUCAUUCCCUCUCACCCACUCUCAUACGCUCUCAUUCCAUCUCACCCACUCUUCUACGCUCUCAUUCCCUCUCACCCACUCUCAUACGCUCUCAUUCCCUCUCACCCACUCUCAUACGCUCUCAUUCCCUCUCACACACUCUCAUACGCUCUCAUUCCCUCUCACCCACACUCAUACACACUCAUUCCCUCUCACCCACUCUCAUACCCUCUCAUUCCCUCUCAUCCACUCUCUUACGCUCUCAUCCCUCUCACCCACUCUCAUACGCUCUCAUUCCCUCCCACCCACACUCAUACGCUCUCAUUCCGUCUCACCCACUCUCAUACCCUCUUAUUCCCACUCACCCACUUCAUAUGCUCUCAUUCCCUCUCACCCACUCUCAUACCUCUCAUUCCCUCUCACCCACUCUCUUACGCUCUCAUUCCCUCUCACCCACUCUCAUACACUCUCAUUCCCUCAAACCCACUCUCAUACGCUCUCAUUCCCUCUCACCCACUCUCAUACGCUCUCAUUCCCUCUCGCCCAACGCUCUCAUUCCCUCUCACCCACUCUCAUACGCUCUCAUUCCCUCUCACCCACUCUCAUACGCUCUCAUUCCCUCUCACCCACUCUCAUACGCUCUCAUUCCCUCUCACCCACUCCCAUACGCUCUCAUUCCCUCUCACCCACUCUCAUACGCUCUCAUUCCCUCUCACGCACUCUCAUACGCUCUCACUUCCUCUCACCCACUCUCAUGCCUCUCAUUCCCUCUCACCCACUCUCAUACGCUCUCAUUCCCUCUCACCCACUCUCAUACGCUCUUAUUCCCUCUUGCCCACUCUCAUACGCUCUCAUUCCCUCUCACCCACUCUCAUACGCUCUCAUUCCCUCUCACCCACUCUCAUACGCUCUCAUUCCCUUUCACCCACUCUCAUACGCUCUCAUUCCCUCUCACCCAAUCUCAUACGCUCUCAUUCCAUCUCACCCACUCUUCUACGCUCUCAUUCCCUCUCACCCACUCUCAUACGCUCUCAUUCCCUCUCACCCACUCUCAUACGCUCUCAAUCCCUCUCACACACUCUCAUACGCUCUCAUUCCCUCUCACCCACACUCAUACACACUCAUUCCCUCUCACCCACUCUCAUACCCUCUCAUUCCCUCUCAUCCACUCUCUUACGCUCUCAUUCCCUCUCACCCACUCUCAUACGCCCUCAUUCCCUCCCACCCACACUCAUACGCUCUCAUUCCCUCUCACCCACUCUCAUACCCUCUCAUUCCCACUCACCCACUUUCUUACGCUCUCAUUCCCUCUCACCCACUCCCAUACCCUCUCAUUCCCUCUCACCCACUCUCUUACGCUCUCAUUCCCUCUCACCCACUCUCAUACACUCUCAUUCCCUCAAACCCACUCUCAUACGCUCUCAUUCCCUCUCACCCACUCUCAUACGCUCUCAUUCCCUCUCGCCCACUCUUAUACGCUCUCAUUCCCUCUACCCACUCUCAUACGCUCUCAAUUCCUCUCACCCACUCUCAUACCCUCUCAUUCCCUCUCACCCACGCUCAUACGCUCUCAUUCCCUCUCACCCACUCUCAUACGCUCUUAUUCCCUCUCACCCACUCUCAUACGCUCUCAUUCCCUCUCACCCACUCUCAUACGCUCUCAUUCCCUCUCACCCACUCUCAUACGCUCUCAUUCCCUCUCACCCACUCUCAUACGCUCUCAUUCCAUCUCACCCACUCUUCUACGCUCUCAUUCCCUCUCACCCACUCUCAUACGCUCUCAUUCCCUCUCACCCACUCUCAUACGCUCUCAUUCCCUCUCACACACUCAUACGCUCUCAUUCCCUCUCACCCACACUCAUACACACUCAUUCCCUCUCACCCACUCUCAUACCCUCUCAUUCCCUCUCAUCCACUCUCUUACGCUCUCAUUCCCUCUCACCCACUCUCAUACGCUCUCAUUCCCUCCCACCCACACUCAUACGCUUUCAUUCCCUCUCACCCACUCUCAUACCCUCUCAUUCCCACUCACCCACUUUCUACGCUCUCAUUCCCUCUCAUUCCCUCUCAUACCCUGUCAUUCCCUCUCACCCACUCUCUUACGCUCUCAUUCCCUCUCACCCACUCUCAUACACUCUCAAUCCCUCUCACCCACUCUCAUACGCUCUCAUUCCCUCUCAACCACUCUCAUACACUCUCAUUCCCUCUCACCUACUCUCAUACCCUCUCAUUCCCUCUCAUCCACUCUCUUACGCUCUCAUUCCCUCUCACCCACUCUCAUACGCUCUCAUUCCCUCCCACCCACUCUCAUACGCUCUCAUUCCCUCUCACCCACUCUCAUACGCUGUCAUUCCCUCUCACCCACUCUCUUACGCUCUCAUUCCUUCUCACCCACUCUCAUACACUCUCAUUCCCUCUAACCCACUCUCAUACACUCUCAUUCCCUCUCACCCACUCUCAUACGCUCUCAUUCCCUCUCGCCCACUCUCAUACGCUCUCAUUCCCUCUCACCCACUCUCAUACGCUCUCAUUCCCUCCCACCCACACUCAUACGCUCUCAUUCCCUCUCACCCACUCUCAUACGCUCUCAUUCCCUCUCACCCACUCUCAUACACUCUCAUUCCCUCUUGCCCACUCUCAUACGCUCUCAUUCCCUCUCACCCACUCUCAUACGCUCUCAUUCCCUCUCACCCACUCUCAUACGCUCUAAUUCCCUCUCACCCACUCUCAAACGCUCUCAUUCCCUCUCACCCACACUCAUACGCUCUCAUUCCCUCUCACCCACUCUCAUACGCUCUAAUUCCCUCUCACCCACUCUCAUACGCUCUCAUUCCCUCUCGCCCACUCUCAUACGCUCUCAUUCCCUCUCACCCACUCUCAUACGCUCUCAUUCCCUCCCACCCACACUCAUACGCUCUCAUUCCCUCUCACCCACUCUCAUACGCUCUCAUUUCCUCUCACCCACUCUCAUACGCUCUCAUUCCCUCUUGCCCACUCUCAUACGCUCUCAUUCCCUCUCACCCACUCUCAUACGCUCUCAUUCCCUCUCACCCACUCUCAUACGCUCUAAUUCCCUCUCACCCACUCUCAAACGCUCUCAUUCCCUCUCACCCACACUCAUACACUCUCAUUCCCUCUCACCCACUCUCAUACCCUCUCAUUCCCUCUCACCCACUCUCUUACGCUCUCAUUCCCUCUCACCCACUCUCAUACGCUCUCAUUCCCUCUCACCCACUCUCAUACGCUCUCAUUCCCUCUCACCCACACUCAUACGCUCUCAUUCCCUCUCACCCACUCUCAUACGCUCUCAUUCCCUCCCACCCACACUCAUACGCUCUCAUUCCCUCUCACCCACUCUCAUACGCUCUCAUUCCCUCUCACCCACUCUCAUACACUCUCAUUCCCUCUAACCCACUCUCACACGCUCUCAUUCCCUCUCACCCACUCUCAUGUUAUAGACUAAGGAUCGAGUCUGUGAAGAUUAGGAGCCUAAAUUUCUCAAAAUCGUUGGCUUGA